UUAUAAUUAAUCAAUGAACCUUGCUGCAAAUUUAGAUGUUCACACACAAGAAGAAGAAAUUGAAGAAGAAACUGAAGGUGAUGUUAAAGGAGAUGUUCGCGCACAUGAAGAGGAAAUUGAAGAAGAAACUGAAGGUAAUGUAGAAGGAGAUGUUCACACACAUGAAGAAGAAAUUGAAGAAGAAACUGAAGGUGAUGUUAAAGGAGAUGUUCGCGCACAUGAAGAGGAAAUUGAAGAAGAAACUGAAGGUGAUGUUGAUGGAGAUGUUCACACACAUGAAGAAGAAAUUGAAGAAGAAGCUGAAGGUGUUGUUGAUGGAGAUGUUCACACACAUGAAGAAGAAGAAGAAGUUGAAGAAGAAACUGAAGGUGAUGGUGAAGGAGAUGUUCACACACAUGAAGAAGAAAUUGAAGAAGAAACUGAAGGUGAUGUUGAAGAAGAUGCUCACACAGAUGAAGGGGAAAUUGAAGAAGAAACUGAAGGUGAUGUUGAAGGAGAAGAUGAAGGUGGUGAUGCUGAUGAAGCAAUAAUAGCAUAUAACGAACAUGGAGAGAGAAUAGAAGUUUAUGAUGAGCAUGGAAUACAAGACGUUGGUGAAGAGGAUGAGACACUAAUAGCUUUUGAUGAACAUGGAGAGAGAAUAGAAGCUUUUGAUGAGCAUGGAAAACGAAUAGAAAUCCUUUACAAUAUAGGGAAGAUGAUAGAAACCUAUGACAAAGAUGGAAAUAGAAUAGAUAUUUUCGAUGAAAGUGGAAACAUUAUACAUGCUUUUAAGAAAGAAGAUGAGAAUAUUGAUGUAAAUAGAGAUGUUGGCCACACAGAUGAAGGUGAAACUCAAGCGACUGAAGGUGAUAUUGAAGGAGGAAGAGAGCUUGCUACAGAUUUAGAUGUUAGUCACACAGAUGAAGGGGAAACCAAAACAACAGCUGAAGGUGAUAUUGAAGGAGGAAGGGAGCUUGGUACAAAUUCAGAUGUUGAACACACAGAUGAAGGGGAAACUGAAACAUCAGUUGAAGGUGAUAUUGAAGGAGGAAGGGAGCUUGGUACAAAUUCAGAUGUUAAGCACAGUGAUGAAGGGGAAACUAAAACAACAGCUGAAGGUGAUAGUGAUGGAGGUAAGUAUGCUUGA